AUGGACUUCACCAGAGAGGAGUGGGCACAGCUGACCCUAGCUCAGAAGACCUUCUACCGAGACGUGAUGCUGGAGAACUACCGGAAUCUGGUGGCCCUGGGACACCAGCUUUCUAAGCCAGAAGUGAUCACACAGUUGGAGCAGGAGGUGCAGUGGACAGCAGAAAGCAGCAGGCAGCUGGACACUGUUACAGCCAAAGCUGAGGAGCUGUUGGAUCAGAUAGUCCUCACAGGAGAAAAACCCUACUUGUGUGAUGAAUGUGGGAGAAGAUUCCGCCACAGAAUGCACCUCAUUGAACAUCAGAGAAUCCAUACAGGGGAAAAGCCUUUCAUGUGUAACGAAUGUGGGAAAGCCUUCAGGCUGCCAUUAUCCUUUAAGCAUCACCUGAGAAGCCACACAGGAGAGAAACCCUACAAGUGUAAUAAUGAGUGUGGUAAAGCUUUUAGUCAAAGCUCGACCCUCACUGAGCAUCAUAGACUUCACACUGGAGAGAGACCCUAUCAAUGUAGUUUUUGUGGGAAAGCCUUCACAGGUCACAAAAGGACACAUACAGGAGAGAAACCCUAUGAGUGUAUUGAAUGUGGGAAAGCCUUCAGCUUGAGUGCAUACCUUAAACAACAUGGGAAAAUCCACAGCCAUGAGAAAUUGUGGCACCAGCUUUCUAAGCCAGAAGUGAUCACACAGUUGGAGCAGGAGGUGCAGUGGACAGCAGAAAGCAGCAGCCAGCUGGACACUGUUACAGGUGGGGUGAACAAAUGUGUAAUGAAAAAGACAUCACUCAAGCAGAACGCAUCUGAUGAAAAUCAGCCCCAUGAAGUUAGAACGGAAAAACUAACAGGGGUCUCUUUCGAGUACUCCAUCUUAGGAGGACUCUGGGAUUUUGAUUAUCCGUUAGAAUUGAGCCAAGAAAAGCAGCAGAAGCAUUUGGAACAGAAUCUUAGUGAAUGUGGAGAGACAUUCAACCAACAUUCAGCUGCUAAUCAACCUCAGAUAGUCCUCACAGUGGAAAAACCCUACGUGUGUGAUGAGUGUGGGAGAAGAUUCCGCCACAGAAUGCACCUCAUUGAACAUCAGAGAAUCCAUACAGGGGAAAAGCCUUUCAUGUGUAACGAAUGUGGGAAAGCCUUCAGGCAACAUUCAUCCUUUAAGCAGCACCUGAGAAGCCACACAGGAGAGAAGCCCUACAAGUGUAAUGAGUGUGGUAAAGCUUUUAACCGAAUCACAUCCCUCACUGAGCAUCACAGACUUCACACUGGGGAGAGACCCUAUCAGUGUAGUUUUUGUGGGAAAGCCUUCAGCCAGAGGUCACAUCUUAAUCGGCACAAAAGGACACAUACAGGAGAGAAGCCCUAUGAGUGUAUUGACUGUGGGAAAGCCUUCAGCUUGAGUGCAUACCUUAAACAACAUGGGAAAAUCCACAGCCGUGAGAAAUUGGGUAAGCAGAAAUGUGAGAGAACCUUAGACCGAAGUCCCUUCCCAGUGACACAUAACUCAGGAGAGACAUGAACAUAGAGAGAUGGGAAGUUGUCAAAAAUUCCUUCAUUCAUGAUGAAAUUAUUCAUGGUGGAAAGACAGCUUGCCUACCAGUGAGCUUUUACUGCAUAAAACACAAAUUUAUAAGAGAUUUUAGCUUUUUAUAACAUUCCCAGGAGGUCUUAUACUGAGUAUUAUUACUUUAACAAAUAGAAAUAUGUUGGCUCGUGCUCUGAUUCCAGGGUAAAACCUAAAUAUAGGAAGGAGUGAUGACAUGCCUGCAAUUCUAGCACUCCAGGUUUGUUGUUGCUGUUGUUUUCUUUGUAAUCCUAGCAGCUGGUGGUGGGGAGGAUUAGGAAUUUAGGGGUCCCCUCCACUAUGGAUGGAGUCCAAGGCCAUAUGGGCUAGUUGAGUCCAUUUUUUUUAAGAAAAGAAAAUAGGAAAAAAAACACAAAUCUAAAAGUCAAAAACCUAUAAUCACUAAAUUGUAAAUUUAUUCUAUAAUGCUGCUUAAUUAUAUGAAUAUUGCGUAAAUAAGGUGAUGUUAUAAUAUAGCCAGUUAAAUAAAAUAGAAUAAACAGAAAGAGUAAUAUUU